CAGCAUCUACUGCAAGAAGUGCUGCAAGCCUGUGUGCUGCAUCUGUGCGCUGCUGGACAGCCAGCACGCCCCCUUCUGCGACAUCCACGGCGAGAUCCAGCGCAGGCAGGAGGAGCUGGUCACCAUGAGCCAGGGGCUGAAGGAGAAGAGAAGCAGCUUCGAGGCCACCUUCGAGGUGCUGCAGACUGAGGCCGCCCGGCUGGAGCAGGCGCAGCGGGAGAUGCGGGAGCUGAUCCGGCAGCACGUGGAGCAGCUGGUGCGUCUGAUCCGGCGGGAGGAAGAGGAGCUGCUGGGGCUGGUGGAGGCGCGUCAGGAGCAGGGCCGGCAGGAGCUGGCGAGGGAGCUGCAGCGCGUGGAGGGGGUGCUGCGGCGGAUGGAGGCGAGCGAGCGGCUGGUGGAGAAGGUGAACCUGUAUGCCACAGAGCAGGAGGUGAUGGACAUGCAGCCCUUCAUCAAGGACUCGCUGGAGGAGCUGCAGCAGCUGCAGCCGCCGGUGGCUCGGGACCGAGCGCAGCCCGGGGACUUUGCUGAGUGCCGAGCCAGGCUGCAGGCGCUGGUGGAGCGUGUCACGGGGCACCCAGGUACUAAUUCCCAAGCUGUCCCCAUGGUGGAGGUGGCCCUGGAGAACAACCUGCAGGAGGAUCCGGUCCAGCCUCAGAGCCCGGACGUCUUACCCACCUUCACCAUCAGCCUUGAGGAGAUGCACAUGAGCCCGGCUGUCCCCGUCACCACAUGGGCCAAGCGGAGGUCAAACUGCAUGGAAAGGGGCAGCCAGAUCUCACCCAAAGUAUUGAAGCUGGAGUGUAACAACACACCAGUCCCCAACGAUUGCAGUUCAAACCAGUGGGAUGGCAGAAGGGAGCCCAGCACCUCCAUGCUGAACCGGAACUGCAGCAGUGUCCCUGCUACCAGCAGCCACGUUGAUGAUGCAGGUGGGGACCAGGGACGUGGCCCUCCUCAUUACCCCAUCUCUUCCCCUGCCUUAGAAGACAACAGCAUCAUCAUCUCCAGCUCGGAGGACAGCUUGGAAGACACGGCGGCUCCCAGCAAGCCCAAGGAUGUCAAGAAGCCCUCCAGCCCUACGUGGUCCGGGAGCGGCACCUCACCCCACCACAGCACUGGCCCCGCCAGCCCCUGGGAUGAUGGGUCGGAGCUGAGCACCUUGGUGUUCCUCAGCUUGAAGGUUGACCAGAAAACCCAGCGUAUCACAGAGAUGGCGGCAGCCAAUGGAGAGCACACCUUCAAGACGCUGAUUCAGACACCCGAGUCGGUGCUGGCACUGCUCUCCCAGGGUGUCUCCAUGGAGGUGGGGAUGCAGCACCUCCUCUGGUACCUCUCCCCGCUCCCCAGGCCCAACCUCAUCGUCUACAACUUCUGGGCACCGGAACUGCCCACUCUCUUUAAGGCCCUGGAUGCUACGGGUAGAAAAGUGGACUUCUGCCGCAUUGUGGGUGGUUAUGUGGAUAUGUUGUCCUUGAUCAAAGAAAAGAUGCCCAAGGCCCCUUCCUACAAGCUGAAGAGCCUGCUGAGAAAACACCUGAAACAGCAGCUCAACGAGGGCAGCGCGCUGGCCACAGCCAAGGCUUUGCAGGAGCUUUGGGGAGCCCUGGGACUCCCCACCUGCGCUGAUGCGGGGAUGAUGUUCACCCACUGCAACCUGCAGAGCUACACUAUCCUGCAGCCUCUGGUGCAGGAGAAGCUGCUCAGCAAGAGGGCGGCCAAGAUCCUGGCCCAGCGCAACCUCAUCCUCUGGGAGCUGGAAGAGGUAUAAGUGCGACUGUGGGGUGAGCUGAGCUGGCCAGGUCUCAGACUAACCGUGCCAGGGAUGCUCUCCAGGGAUGCUGGUCAUGGAUGCAGGGAUACUCUUCAGGAAUUCAAGGAUUCUCAUCACGGCAUCAAACAGAACUCACAGAUCUUCCCUGCUCCCAGCACGGGGCUUAAAAUGUCCAGAACCCAAUCAAAUAUAUUUUUAAAAUAAAUCACACAGCACA